AUGGCGCCUAUCUUUUAUGAGCAUAGUAGUUCUAGCGAGGGCUCCGGACCAAGCUCAAGGAGCCGCACGCCACCAACCGGGAUCUCGAUCGAUUACAAUGGCUCCGAGCCUAUCGCUAUUGUUGGAAUGGCCUGCCGUUUCCCCGGUCAAUUAGAUACCCCGGCUGAAUUCUGGGAAAUGCUUGUACAAGAAAGAUCUGGAUAUUCAGAGCCACCUCCCUCAAGAUUCAAUAUCAAUGGCUUCCACUCCGAGAAAGCUAAUACUGGCUCACUGGGCCCCCGAGGGGGUUACUUUAUUUCGGAGGAUGUAUACAACUUUGACCCACCAUUCUUCGGAAUCACCCAGACCGAGGCCAUAGCUAUGGAUCCUCAACAAAGGAAAUUACUCGAGUGUGUUUACGAAGCGUUGGAGUCCGGUGGAAUACCUCUCGAUAGCGUGUCUGGAAAGAACGUGGGUACUUACGUUGGUAAUUUCACCAUUGAUUAUGGCAUGAUGGCUCUUCGGGAUAUGGAAUACCCAAAACCCUAUUCUAUGACCGGUCACGGCAAUACAAUUUUGAGCAACAGAGUUAGUUAUGUUUUUAACCUCUGUGGCCCCAGUGGCGAGAUUAAUGGAGCAGUUGUUGGCGGCACCAAUCUCAUUCUUGAUGCUGCAGUUCAGAUGGCGGUCGAUAAAAUGGGUGUUCUCUCACACACAUCAACAUGCCAUACUUUUGAUGCAUCAGCUGACGGGUACGGUAGAGCUGAAGGUAUUGGUGCGCUAUACUUGAAGAGGCUCUCAGACGCCAUCCGAGACGGCGACCCAAUUCGAGGUGUUAUUCGAGGUACUGCCGCAAACGCGAACGGGAAGACCAGCGGAAUUACGCAGCCCAGUGCUGUUGGGCAAGAGGCUGUGAUUCGCAAAGCUUAUGCAUUUGCGGGAAAUUUGAAUCCAGAUGAGACAUCAUAUUUUGAGUGUCACGGAACUGGCACCCCGGUGGGCGACCCAAUUGAGCUGAAUGCCAUCACCAACAUGUUCCUAAGAGACAGUAAGAGAGAUUCACUGUUAAUAGGAGCCGUUAAAACGAACCUGGGACACGCGGAAGCAGCGAGCGCCAUGGCGAGUAUUAUGAAGGUUGUGUUGGCCAUGGAACUUGGAACUAUUCCUGCUAGCAUUGGAGUGAAGAAGUACAAUCCCAAGAUUAAUUUCUCAAAUGGGCGCUUGCAAGUGGUGAAGAAUACUCGGGAAUGGCCAGAUGAAUAUAAUGUUCGACGUGCGAGCGUCAACUCUUUUGGGUAUGGAGGUGCUAACGCCCACGCUAUUAUUGAAUCAUCCGAAUCAUAUUUACCCGGUUACAAGUCCUUCAAUAAACGAGGCAGCAAUAGUCGCACGCUGAAUAUCCAUGAGAGAACACAUCUUAAGGCCAAUGUGCAGAGACAUAGGGAUGUCGCCUCGGAAUACGAAAUGUGCGAUCUGGCCUUCACACUCAGUGCUCGACGUUCGUUCUUCUUCAACCGUGGAUACGCCAUCGCUUCAGCCGCCACUCGAGGAAAUGGCGCCAAGAUUGCUUUCAUAUUCACUGGUCAGGGUGCUCAAUCUGCUCAGAUGGGAAAGGAGCUUAUGGAAAACAUCCCAAGCUAUCUUAAUAGCAUUCGAGCUAUGGAUAGUGUUCUCCAAAGCCUUGGGGAAGAUGCGCCAACCUGGACCAUCGAAGGGAGCCUCCUCGAGCCUAAGGCAACCAGCGCUAUUGACCAGGUUCAUCUGUCGCAACCUAUUUGCACUGCUGUACAAGUCGCCCUCGUCAAGCUCCUGAGAGAGUGGGGUGUUAGUCCGCUGGCAUGCGUCGGUCACUCCUCUGGUGAAAUUGCAGCCGCUUAUGCUGCCGCCGCAUACUUCCGUGGUGUUGCCGUAGACCAGCUCACUCAACGAGAAGCUGCCCCCUAUUUGGAAGAUGGUAUUCGCAUCGCUUGUUAUAACUCCCCACAAAGCGUGACUCUUAGCGGCGACGAAGAUGCUGCAGCGAAUGUCAAGGCGAAACUGGAAGCUGAUGGCAUUUUCGUACGAGCACUGAAGACUAGCGGCAGAGCCUAUCACUCUCAUCAUAUGAAAGAUGUCGGCGCCAUCUAUGAGGAGCGCGCAAAUCGUGGAUUCACCUUCCUUGACGCUUUAGAAUUUCCUCAACGCGAGAAAGACGCUAAACAUCCUGUAUUCAUCUCUUCGCCUGGUCCGGAAUACUGGAGGCAAAACCUCGAAUCACCCGUUCGGUUCACGCAAGCCAUGACCCGAAUGACUGAACUUGAAGGUCUAGGGAUCAAUCAUAUUGUGGAGAUAGGUCCUCAUUCUGCAUUGGCGGGCCCAAUCCGACAGCUUCGUGAUAAACUUGGCGUGAGUUCCAGAGAUCUUGAAUACACAGCGACUCUCUCUCGGGGAGAAAACUCAGGGUACCCUAUAGAUCUGGUCCGAGUCAAUGCUAUCGAGGAUCAAGAUCGACUAGUAGACCUUCCACCCUAUGCUUGGAACUACAGCGCUGGCUCGCUGCGUGCGAAACACCGCGUCAACAUGGAAUUUCAGAAUCGCAAGUUUUCCCGACAUGAUCUCCUUGGAAGUUUACUCCCAGGCGUGAUCCGGGAUCAGGCACAAUGGCGGAACAUGCUUGAUAUUCAUGACUUGCCAUGGUUAGAGCAGCAUAAGCUUGGGGCUCAACCUGUUCUUCCAGCAACAGGUUAUAUCGCCAUUGCUGUAGAAGCUGCGCGUCAGUUCUUCCACGACAAGGUCAAAUUCGAGGGUCCUUUCAAAUAUUUUAUACCCCGGCUAUCUAUCAAGUCGGCGCUCAAUCUCCCCCCAUCCGGCAAUCCGAUCGAGGUUAUGACUAGUGCGCGUUUUCAAUUGGUAUCAAAUGCGGUAUCUUCCACCAAUUGGCUUGAGUUCACAAUCCAAUCGUGCCUAGAUGGAAUUUGGACUGAGCAUUGUGUUGUCGCGCCGCUAUUCGACGAGAGUAGAGUUCAAGAACCACGCACUUCGCACACGUGGUAUAGAGGGUUCGCCAACAUCGGUCUCAACUAUGGUGCUGCUUUCAAUGGGCUCACCGACACGAAAUUGCUCCCUCUCGGUGUUCCUACUGACGACUCUCGUUAUAUCGGCAUCUUGAUAGCUGCUCAUAAUGGAUCUCUAAAAGGAGCUAACAGGUCCUUCAUCCCAGUAGAUUGGGAAGAAGUGUCAAUUUAUUCCUACGAAGGCACAGACAUGCCAGCGCCGGAGAACACCAAUGGAAAGAUCCUCGCCACAGGAGAGUUUAGCAGCUUACGUGCGCUCUUUGGAGCAUUCCAGCUUAGCGCUCCUGAUGGAAGACCGCUGUUCACUGCGAAAAGAGUCAACUCAAUCACCUACGCUGAAGACCUCAAUAGGAAUGUUACCGAGGACCGCCACCCUUACCUUCGCGUUCUGUGGAAACCAGAUUCGGAGGACUCACUGAUCAGCACAUUGGACCUACUUGGCCACAAGUAUCCUGGAAUGAACAUUGCUGAAGUCGUCAAUUCCGAAGCGGACAUUGAUAACACACAUCCCGCAGUUUUGGAAGGCAAUUCCUCACUGAAGAGGUACAACUCAUACACUUAUCUCGCUGUAACUGACGCUCUCGUGGAGGCUUCAGCGAGCAUUUACCCCGAAGGACGUGACGUGACUGUAGAAAAGAUGGCGCUGUUUGAUGAUGGAGAGGACAGAACAUCAAACGAUGUUACCUAUGAUCUCGUCAUUUUACCGGACAUCUCAUCCUUUAAUCGAUCGGCCACUGAAGUUCUGAAGGCUCUGCAGCCGCUUCUUAACGAAAAGGGGCGGUUUCUUGUGCAUAAGAGAGGCUAUGACGCAGUCUCUUUCGAUUCACGAAUAUGGGAUGAAAUCAUGACGCAGGUCAUCGACGAAGCUGCAUCUGGAUGGACUAUCCUUUCAGAGCCGCCAAGAAAGCCCAAGCCCACAAAAGACAUUGUCGUGCUAUCAAGACGCAACAGCGACGCUGUUACAGAUUUUGCUGUUGAGCUCGCCCGAAGCGGAUAUGGCGUUCGGUCCGCUUCACUGUCAGACGAGACAUUCACGCCGUACCCGGACGCCAUAUACGUCUCAAUCGUCGAGCUGGGGUCCAGCUUAUUCAACGGGAAUCUGAGCGCCACCGAGUUUUCCAAUUUGCAGCGACUAGCAGACUCCACGCAGGCAAUUUUCUGGCUCACCUCGGGAGACUUGCUUGGGAAGGUUGACCCAAACGCAGCCAUUGUGCAAGGCCUGGGACGAACGCUCCAGACGGAAUACGUGCAGCUUACCUUUAUCGCAAUCGAUCUCGACCAUGCUGAUACUCGAAGGGCAGCUAGGCAGACUCUGCGCGUCCUCGACAGGUUCUCAAAGGAUUCCGACAGUAUCGACAAGGAGUAUAUUGUCAAGGAUGAUGUGUUCCAUAUCAGCAGACUAGCGCAAGACACUGCUUUGGAUAAAGAGUAUAGUGAAAUCAUAACCAGAGAGGCGGCAGACGAGGAGUACGACGCGACAACACCCAUCCGCCUUGACAUUGAGAAGAUCGGUCUCCUCGACACUCUGCACUUCAAAGCCGAUGAGCGUGACCGAGUACUCAGACCGGACGAGGCAGAAGUCGAGGUGAAGUCGGUUGGAAUUAACAUGAAGGAGUACGCAACCUUCCGUGGGAGCUUCCACUCUGAGUCUCUCAGUCAUGAAGGCUCUGGUAUUGUGCGCCGCAUCGGCACAAGCGUGACAAACAUCAGGGUGGGCGACAAACGCUUUAAAGCCAUGCAUUUACAUCAAAUGCGGGACGAGGACGGCCUGAGCUUCGAGGAUAUGGCCGGGAUGCCCCUAGUUUUUGCCACAGCCGUCUACGGCUUGCUAUAUCUUGGCCGGCUGAGGAAGGGAGAAAAGGUGUUGAUUCAUUCAGCUACUGGCGGUGUUGGUCUUGCAGCAGUCCAGAUUGCCAAGAUGGUCGGGGCAGAGAUCUUUGCUACAGUUGGUACUCUUGCUAAGCGUGAGUUCUUAAAGCGCGAAUACGGCCUCGAGGACUCCCACAUCUUCAGCUCUCGCGACACUUCCUUCGCAGCAGGUAUCAUGGCUGCCACGAACGGUCGUGGUGUCGACGUUGCUCUCAACUCAUUAGUCCGUGAACUUCUUGCAGCUUCAUGGAGUGUUAUGGCGAAUAAUGGCCGUCAUAUUGAAAUUGGUCGCACUGAUAUUAUGGAGUACGGAAUUCUCGACCUGAACGUCUUCAAGCGCAACACAACGUUUAGUGCCUUUGAUUUCGGUGUUGUCGCGGAUGACCAUCCAGAAAUCGUUGCCGAUGUCAUGAAAGACGUGAUGAAAUAUCUCAGAGAGGGCAAGAUUCGUGCCCUCCAACCGAUGGCUCUUUUCCCUGCCACCCAAAUUUCCGCGGCCUUCGCAGAGUUUGCCAAUCCGCACAGAAUUGGCAAGGUUGUAGUUUCGUUCUGCCCCGAAGGCAGCAGUUCGAGGUCGCUUCUUGCUGUGCGCCGAGAGCAGAAGGGUGCCAUCACUUUCAGGGCAGAUGGAACCUAUCUGCUCAUCGGCUGCCUGGGUGGACUCGGUCGAUGUCUUGCCCGCUUUAUGGUCGAUCGCGGCGCGCGCAACCUCACCUUCCUCGGUCGUGGCGGAGCGGAUAAAAAGGAAGCGGCGGCUAUGAUAGAUAGCUUACGCGCUCGUGGAUGUUUAGUCCACGUAGUGCGCGGAGACGUUUCCAACAAGGAAGAUGUAGCUAGAGCUGUUGCCGUUGCUGGCGUCCCAGUUUACGGCAUGGUUCAAGGUGCUAUGGCGCUUGAGGACAAACUAUUUAGUAAGCUCGAUCUUCCAGGAUGGCAAUACCCGAUCGAUCCUAAAGUCCGGGGAACAUGGAAUUUGCACGAAUGCCUCGCCGGCCAGCCCCUGGACUUUUUCGUAAUGCUGUCCUCAAUCUCUGCCAUGACGGGUGCACCAACGCAAAGCAACUAUUGCGCUGGCAACACCUUCCUCGACUUCUUCGCCCGUUAUCGUGACGGCCUUGGUCUUCCGGCCACCACUGUUGGCCUUAGCAUGGUCUUAGAAGUUGGGUUUGUAUCGCAGAACCUUGCUAUCGAGCAAGGCAUCGCGCGCUCCGGCAUCCAUGGCAUCACUGAGCGCGACUUCUUAAUGCUCAUGGAGCAGGCCAUGAAGCCGGGACGAGUCGGUGGUUGGCGCCUCGACGCCGGAGCCAAGAAUUUCUUAGUUAGCGGCCUGGAGCCCGCGAGAUUAGCGUCUGACCUCGAUAUCCACGGUUUCCGUUUCUGGCUCCAGCCACGCGUUGGGCCGUUACUGACAGCAAUUCAGCGCAAAAACGAGGGAUCAGCCCGUGGAGGUACGGGCGGGGUCAAGGCUGUUCUUGACCUCGAUGACAUCCUUGGAGCGACUGUAGAGAAAUUUGCCAAGACCUUCAUGAUUCCUACCGAUGAUGUAGACCCAGCCAAGCCGCUGGUGGCCUAUGGAAUGGAUAGCAUGAUUGGAACGGCGCUGCGCAAUUGGGGCUUUUCAACUUUCGGUGUAGACAUUCCUGCUUCUGAUUUCAUGGGACCAGUUCUUACUGCCCAGUCUCUUGCCGAGAAGAUUUUUGCUGGUCGAGCUUGA